AUGCAAGCUUUAAGCAUUUGGCCAUUAAAGUUUGGUCUUUUGGUUGGAUCAAGAUUGGAAUUUGAGUUGAAUUGUUCUUGUUUUGUAGUUAGCCCUAAGACUAGAAAGAGGCAUUGUUUUGUUGAGCAGUCUUGUUUUGGUAGUAUCUCUAGCUUGAUCUUGGUUUCUAGUGAUAGAAAAGUUGAAGGUUUGGCUAUAAACCCAACCUCAAAAGUUCUGUUUCUGUGUGAGCCAAAGAGAAGGUUGUUGGGAUCAUCUGUUGGGGUAGGAUGGGCCACGGAACAACGAGAACUCGGGGAGGAAGUUUCCAGGGAAGAUUCAAGUUCAGUUACUGCAUUAGAUUUUGAUCAUUCUGAAUCACAGGCUGUAAGUGGAGGAAAAGAAACAAAAUCUAGAGUUAAUGUUAGAGAAUUGGCAUAUAGUUUACGAGCUGCUAAGACAGCGGAUGACGUGGAUGUUGUUCUCAAGGAGAAGGGAGAGUUGCCUCUUCAAGUAUAUUGUGCUAUGAUAAGGGGUUUUGGCAAGGACAAGAGAUUAAAGCCUGCAAUGGCAGUAGUAGAUUGGCUUAAGAGGAAGAAGAGUGAGUCAGGGGGUUUGAUCGGUCCAAAUCUUUUCAUAUAUAACAGUCUUUUGGGUGCCAUGAAAGAAUCGAGUGGGUUUGGAGAAGCAGAGAAGAUACUGAGUGAUAUGGAGGAAGAAGGGAUUGUUCCGAACAUUGUUACUUACAAUACUUUGAUGGUUAUUUACAUGGAGGAAGAAGAGUUCCACAAGGCCCUUGGGAUUCUUGAUUUAGUCAAGGAAAAAGGUUUUGAGCCUUCCCCGGUAACAUAUUCCACAGCUUUGUUGGUCUACAGAAGAAUGGAAGAUGGAAUGGGAGCUCUUGAGUUCUUUGUUGAAUUGAGAGAAAAAUACUUGAAGAAGGAAAUAGGGAAUGAUGCAGACUACGAUUGGGAAUUUGAGUUUGUUAAGCUUGAAAACUUCAUUGGUAGAAUAUGCUACCAAGUGAUGAGGCGGUGGCUGGUUGAAAAUGAAAACUUGACCACUAAAGUGCUGAAGCUUUUGAAUGCAAUGGACAAUGCAGGGCUUAAACCAAGUAGGGAAGAGCACGAGAGGCUUAUAUGGGCGUGUACACGUGAAGAACAUUACAUUGUUGGUAAAGAGUUGUACAAAAGAAUUAGAGAGAAGUUUCCUGAGAUAAGUCUAUCUGUCUGCAACCACUUGAUUUGGCUGAUGGGUAAAGCUAAAAAAUGGUGGGCGGCGUUAGAGAUCUACGAGGAUCUUCUUGACGAAGGACCUGAACCGAACAACAUGUCUUACGAGCUAGUGGUCUCUCAUUUCAAUAUCUUGCUGAGUGCAGCUAGCAGGAGAGGUAUAUGGAGAUGGGGAGUUAGGUUACUUAACAAGAUGGAAGAUAAAGGAUUGAAACCGCAGAGCAGACAUUGGAACGCGGUUCUUGUGGCGUGUUCAAAAGCAUCUGAGACCGCAGCUGCAAUCCAAAUCUUUAAAGGAAUGGUUGAAAACGGCGAAAAGCCAACGAUUAUCUCAUACGGUGCACUCCUCAGCGCUCUUGAGAAAGGGAAGUUAUAUGACGAGGCGUUUCGGGUUUGGAACCAUAUGAUUAAGGUAGGGAUCGAGCCGAAUCUUUAUGCCUACACGAUAAUGGCUUCGGUAUUGACAGGACAGAAAAAAUUCAAUCUUUUGGAUACCCUUCUCAAGGAAAUGACUUCAAAAGGUAUUGAGCCAAGCGUUGUGACUUACAACGCGAUUAUAAGCAGUUGCGCAAGAAACGAGCUAAGCGGUGUGGCCUACGAGUGGUUUCACCGUAUGAGAGGUGAGAAUAUUGAGCCUAAUGAGAUAACUUACGAGAUGUUGAUUGAGGCUCUUGCGAAUGAUGCGAAACCAAGGCUUGCUUAUGAGUUACAUUUGAAGGCUCAAAACGAUGGGCUUAAGCUAUCUUCCAAGCCGUACGAUGCGGUUGUUAGAUCUGCUGAGAGUUAUGGAGCCAUCAUUGAUCUUAAUCUGUUGGGUCCUCGACCAGACAAAGAGAAGAGAGCUUAG